AGACACUCCAACGUACAAACCAUAUAAUACAAAACCCAACCAACGCACUAUAAUACACACCACCAAAGAAAAUAUCAAAAAGAUUUUUAUUUUUGUGGGGGAAAAAAAAUCGCUUCACAGUCAAUGCUAGCCCUCUUCUUCAUUCUCCUCCUCAAUGCAUUCAAUUACACAAGCUCCAAUCCUUCAUCGAAGCUCAUCUUCAUCCUGUACAGGGCGCAGAGCAACAUGUCCGGCGCGCGUGGGGUCUCCAACAACACGGGGCUUUACGGGGAGAUGGUGGGCCAGGGGCGAGGGCGCGGUGGACCGGGGGAGGAGGGAGGAAUCGGGGCGGUGUUGUGGUAUCAGGGGGAGAGCGACACGGCGGAGAGGGAGGAGGCGGAGGAGUAUCAGGGGAGGAUGGAGAGGUUGGUUAGGGAUUUGAGGGUGGAUCUCGGAGAGCCUCAGCUGCUGGUGAUUCAGGUACAAUGGAUGGUUGUAGUUUGACAAGAAUUAUUGCUUUUAAUUUAGGAAAACAUUAAUUAAUUUAGUAAGGACAAAGAUAAAAUUAUUUUCACCGUGGUUG